UGAAAGAACAACCAAGAUGGCACCCAACAAGAACUUAGCCGCCACUGUGUACGGUCCUAACGAUUUACGCCUGGACGAACGUCCUAUACCAGAACCGGCUUUCAACGAGGUCGUGGUCGAGGUUGAUACCUGUGGUAUCUGCGGUACGGACAUUCAUUUCCUCAAGGACGGUGGUUUCGGAGCGCAGCGGCUAAUCAAACCGAUCGUACUGGGCCAUGAGUCGGCUGGAGUAGUGCGUAAGGUGGGCAGCUCGGUGACACACCUGAAGGUGGGCGAUCGUGUGGCCAUCGAACCGGCAGCUGGAUGCCGAACGUGUGAUUUGUGCAAAGUGGGCAAAUACAACAUCUGCCUAGAUGGAAAGCACUGCACUACGCAGAAGCAUGAUGGCAAUUGUUCGAAUUAUUACGCGCAGUAUGCGGACUGUUGCUUCAAACUACCCGAUCACGUAACGAUGGAGGAAGGUGCACUGCUCGAACCGCUAGCCGUCGCAGUGUACGCCGGACGUCGGGCUCAAAUCGGGUUGGGUGACAGAGUGGUCAUCUUUGGUGCCGGUCCGAUCGGACUCGUGUGCCUGAUUGCCGCGAAAGCCAUGGGAGCCACCCGUACGGUAAUUUUGGAUCUGGAGCACGCAAAACAUCGGUUGGAAAUCGCCAAGAAACUGGGGGUUACGGGAGUUAUCGGCAUUCGCAAGGAAGAUACCGAGGAGCAGCUGGUGCAAAAAAUACAUGAAAUCCUCGGUGGCCCUGCCGAAGUGAUGGAGUGUUCCGGAUCGCAACCGGGAAUGCGCAUCGCUAUUAAGGCUACUAGAAACGCAGGUCGUAUCUGCCUAGUAGGACUGGGUAACAAGGACGUUCAGUUACCAAUGGUGGAUGCCAUCUCACGGGAAAUCGAAAUUAUAACUGCUAUGCGUUAUAAUCACGACUACCCUGCUGCUCUUGAGAUUGUUGCCAGUGGGUACGUCGAUGUUAAGCCACUAGUUUCACACCACUUUGAUUUGCAAGACGUUCACGAGGCCUUCCGUGUCGCAUCGCAAGGAGAAGGAAUUAAGAUAAUGAUUCAUCUUGUACCGCGAGACGUUAACAAUCCACAAAAAUUCAAGAAUUAAAUAUAAUUGAUUGACACGUGACUGCUUAAACAGAUUUGUUGUUGUUGUAGAACAUUGUAGAACAACGCCAACAAUCUAGCUCGUUGGCCGCAUAACAUUCGUAGACAAUUAACAGAACUAGAAGUAAAAAACGUGACUGUUGCUCGAGAGUGUUGAAACGUUCAUCAAAGUUGAUGAGGCUAUACGCAAUCAAGGCAAAGAAAUUUCGUUAUGUACUAUAGUCGAUCUUUGAGUUCGGAGGGAGCAUUC